AAACCGUGACGGGCAUAUUCGAACUAAGGGGCUUACUCUCUGAAGUCGGUGGCCGGGUUUGCGUUUCUGAAAUUUAACAUUUUUUUCUGAGGCGAUUCUAGCGAAGCGUUAAAAAAUGCAGAUCUUUGUCAAGACUCUGACCGGCAAGACCAUCACGCUGGAAGUGGAGCCCAGUGACACCAUUGAGAAUGUGAAAGCUAAGAUCCAGGACAAAGAAGGCAUUCCCCCUGACCAACAGAGGCUGAUCUUUGCCGGCAAGCAGCUGGAAGAUGGCCGUACCCUUUCUGACUACAACAUCCAGAAGGAGUCCACCCUCCAUCUUGUGCUGCGUCUGAGGGGAGGCAUGCAGAUCUUUGUCAAGACUCUGACUGGAAAGACCAUCACCCUGGAAGUGGAGCCCAGUGACACUAUUGAGAAUGUGAAGGCUAAGAUCCAGGACAAAGAAGGCAUUCCCCCUGACCAACAGAGGCUGAUCUUUGCCGGCAAGCAGCUGGAAGAUGGCCGCACCCUUUCCGACUAUAACAUCCAGAAGGAAUCCACCCUCCAUCUUGUGCUGCGUCUGAGGGGAGGCAUGCAGAUCUUUGUCAAGACUCUGACCGGCAAGACCAUCACCCUGGAAGUGGAGCCCAGUGACACUAUUGAGAAUGUGAAGGCUAAGAUCCAGGACAAAGAAGGCAUUCCCCCUGACCAACAGAGGCUGAUCUUUGCCGGCAAGCAGCUGGAAGAUGGCCGCACCCUUUCCGACUAUAACAUCCAGAAGGAAUCCACCCUCCAUCUUGUGCUGCGUCUGAGGGGAGGCAUGCAGAUCUUUGUCAAGACUCUGACCGGCAAGACCAUCACCCUGGAAGUGGAGCCCAGUGACACUAUUGAGAAUGUGAAGGCUAAGAUCCAGGACAAAGAAGGCAUUCCCCCUGACCAACAGAGGCUGAUCUUUGCCGGCAAGCAGCUGGAAGAUGGCCGCACUCUUUCCGACUAUAACAUCCAGAAGGAGUCCACCCUCCAUCUUGUGCUGCGUCUGAGGGGAGGCAUGCAGAUCUUUGUCAAGACUCUGACCGGCAAGACCAUCACCCUGGAAGUGGAGCCCAGUGACACUAUUGAGAAUGUGAAGGCUAAGAUCCAGGACAAAGAAGGCAUUCCCCCUGACCAACAGAGGCUGAUCUUUGCCGGCAAGCAGCUGGAAGAUGGCCGCACCCUUUCCGACUACAACAUCCAGAAGGAGUCCACCCUCCAUCUUGUGCUGCGUCUGAGGGGAGGCAUGCAGAUCUUUGUCAAGACUCUGACUGGGAAGACCAUCACCCUGGAAGUGGAGCCCAGUGACACCAUUGAGAAUGUGAAGGCUAAGAUCCAGGACAAAGAAGGCAUUCCCCCUGACCAACAGAGGCUGAUCUUUGCCGGCAAGCAGCUGGAAGAUGGCCGCACUCUUUCCGACUACAACAUCCAGAAGGAGUCCACCCUCCAUCUUGUGCUGCGUCUGAGGGGAGGCAUGCAGAUCUUUGUCAAGACUCUGACUGGAAAGACCAUCACCCUGGAAGUGGAGCCCAGUGACACUAUUGAGAAUGUGAAGGCUAAGAUCCAGGACAAAGAAGGCAUUCCCCCUGACCAACAGAGGCUGAUCUUUGCCGGCAAGCAACUGGAAGAUGGCCGCACUCUUUCCGACUAUAACAUCCAGAAGGAAUCCACCCUCCAUCUUGUGCUACGUCUGAGGGGAGGCUGUUAAAUGUUAAACUCUUGAUUUGCGAGUUGCCAAUAGCAUUUGUUUACACUGUAGUUGUUUAAUGUCUUAAUAUUGUAAGGUAAAUGCAAGUUUCAAUAACUGCUGGACUGUUGUGUAAAUGCUAAAUAAAGUUUUCUGUUGCACAUUA